GGCCUGUCAACGUCCUCAUCUCGCCGCACAACGGAUCCUCCUGCACAACUGGACGUUGCAACAACACUCUGGAACUCGGUGAUAGCUAUCCAGAAACUGUUUGUGAGUGGGUACUUCACAAUCUACGCACAACUCUCGGUGCAACACUCAAGCCAUGUCUUAUCCCAUCUUUGCUUCUUCCGGCUUUGUCCAAACGCCUGGGCCCCCACUACCUUUGGUACUCGACAACCGGUCGUUUCCACUGUCUCGUCAUUCUACUCCGUACGUCUGGCUCAAACGGAACCUGGAAUCCAGACUCAUAUACCGCUGAUCACCCUAUUCUCCAUAUCUCGCCUGAUUAAACCUUGGACUCCUUGAAUACCGCUGCAAAUACUACGAUAGCGCUUCCAUACCUGAAAUCAAAUCUCAGCAGGUCCUCAUCGACACCGUACAUAACCGACACGAGCCUACCUAUACUGCCUCCCGACGACACAGCCACCGCCUCUCAAGACAAGCGCAGUCCCUUCCGUCCCAAUACUUCCCCCCACCUCAUAGAGCAAGAUGGGCCUCCGACUAAAACUACGAAAAACAUUCUCCUCCAAACCAAAGAACACCACCAGCACCGGCCACAUCCCUGAGCCCGGCGAGACAUACUAUACCGAGCGCACAGACAUCGAAUACUACAAGCCGCACGAGAUCCCCCGGUCCAAGUACAGAGGCAAAGUCGAUCCGGAACACCAAGCCAGCCUCGCAGCAUUCAGCCUCGCAGAUGCAUUCUCCUCAGCAAGACGACGGUCAUCACUAGCCCUGUCCGGCACGUUUAGCCCCGGUGGCACAAAAGCACAGAGUCGAGCGACGAGUCGUGCGCCGAGUAGAGUACAGAGCAGAGCACCAAGUCGCCGGCCUUCGCACGAUCACACCCACCACGCCGCUGUUGCUGUUUUAUCGGGCCUGCGAAUGGAAAGCCACGCGAACAGUUCGAGCUCGGGCAGUACGAGUCGAGAGAAGAGCUUGUCGGCGAGUACGGCGCUGGAUGUGGAUGUGGAUGUCGAGACGGCGAGUACGAGUAUAUCCGAACACCCAACCGCCGUGGCAUCCGCCCCUGCCGAAGCAAACACAAACACAAACACCACAAGCUCAAAGUUGACGCAACAUGAUAGCGGAAUCGGUAUUGAUGUCCCCGAGAUCGUAUUGUCGAAACAGAUCACCGCGCACGAUACGCCGUUCACGGCCGAAGAGCUCGAGCAGGCCAUGACCCGCGCAACGUUGAAACCCAGAGGUUUUAGAGAGCUGGACGACGUACAAAUGCCCGUCAUGGGGAGGAGGUCUGCUAUUGCUUCUUCGUGACGACUGGAGCGGCGGCACGUCGAUUCGAAAUUCAAAUCUACAACUUGAUCAUGACAUGGGCGAUUAUAGAUGGGAAAGUGUGUAUUACAAAGUUAUGAAGAAUGAUAGAAAAGAACAUGUCGCGGCUUUUUCAAUUUGCUGGAGGAAGAAGCAGAAGACGAUGAUGGACGAUUCACGGCACGAAGCUUGGUCCCACGUCAAUUCACAGAAUUCACCUUUAUUUUUACGAGCAGCAUUCAAAGGAGCAAGCAUCCAACCAUUUGAUCGGCGCUGGAGUUUCUUGGGGCAACUGGUCGGCACAGCAUACCAGCAUUUAACGGAGUUUUGUGGGACGGCAUUGGCCUACACGGAAAGGACAAUCAAUAUCACACACUCAGAGGACAAGGAUGAACACUGCAUUGUUAACGGUCAAAUUGUGGGAGGGGACUUCCUGACUAUGAUGAUUUGGCAUGGCAUUAUAGACUCCUCAUCCCUGUGAUCGAAAGGCAAGGGUCGGGCGGGUACAGCUGGAGGUAGAAGUAUUUCUCUCUAUCUGAUGUGAGAUGAAGAGAUACAUCUAUACCUUCUCCAAAUUCAUGAGAAUAUUGAUGACAACUCAUCAACAAUCCCUUUAUAGGUCGCAAUUGGCCAUUCCUCCGUCAUACUGUCGCCCACGACCGCCUUGUCAUAACCGGUGCAGGUCUUUCGUCGCUGCAUUUGCUCCGUACUGAAACAGUAGAGAGUCCGCGCUGUCGUACGGCUCUUCGGGCUUCGGGCUCUGAUGAUGGUGUCGAUUCGGAGGUGUUCCUGGACGUGAUCACUCAAGUUGUUCAUGAUUUGAUCACCCUUAUCCAUCCGUGUGGUAGACUGGAUCUGACCCAAGACGAGAAGAUGUUAUGAGUGGCUUCAUGUUGUUGACUAUUGCAACGGAAUACACGGCAGUGGCGGAACGUCGGGAUGACGAAGUAGUAUCGCUACCAUCCGCCUGAAAGCAUCAGCGUCAUCCUGAUCUGGGGCUGCAUCCUCCUCGUUCGUCAAACGAGGGUCUCAGCAAUAGAAGGAUAUCGCUGAGACAAGCAUACAACAUCCGAUGCUGUGGAUGAGUGAGUAUACCUUCGCCAGUGCAGAAAACUG